GUUUGCAGUUUGGAGUGAGCCUUUGAAUUGGACUUUUGGGUUUGUCAUCUUGAAUUCCUUCCUAUUUACGUUCACAUUCCCUUUCUCGUCCUCAUAAAUCUGGAACGAGAAGGACUUCCUGCUGCCUAAGAAGUGCCUUAGUCUGUCAUUUCUCCCUCAAGGCAACUCGAUUUCCAGUUGUCUUGUUUGUUUCCUCUUGUUCCAACUAAUCUGUGGGGAGCUGAGGAUGAUCGGGAGAUUCAUGAUAUGCUUGUCAGUGUCUGGACAUAGGACGAGAGAACGACUGUAAAAUAUCAUGCUUUCUCUCGUGUCUCGCUUUCGGGGGUGGGGGGGGGGGGGGGUGGGAUUUGUCCUUCAUUUUUAUGAUAUUUUGAAAGCAACUGUGUGUGUCGUGCAUCCCAUGCAUUUGAACUUUCAAAAGGCUUACAUAAUCAUGAGGACUUGCAAUGUGGGUUGGGAAAAAGAAAGAAAGAAAUCAAAACAAAGCCGUUCUUCGAAGCACAGUUGCGGCAAUUCAUGCAUAUAUUAAUGUGUUAAAUGGCGAGCAAAAAAAAAAAAGAACCCCACGGCACUUCCACACUCUAUUCCAAUGAAGUUGCGAUGUUGUGUUCAACACAAAUAAAAACAGCAUACGGUGAUUUGCGACUCAUGUUCAAUCUAGAAUUAUGUGAAUAAACUUCAAUGACAACACAUUUUAUGUUCAACCUGAUAAACUUUCUUGUUUUUUUUUUCAAAUAAUCAUUAACUUAGAAUUUUAUGGCAGCAACACGUACCCCAAAAGCUUGGACAUGGUCCCGUUUACCGCUAAGUGACGUAUAUGGAAUUGGAAUUCUUUCUUUGGUGUCGGGCUUAUACGGGGAAGCUGUCCAUAGUCGCAGCUUUUACGGACCUCUCUGGAAUGCAUCACUAAACACCAAGCGCCUGCGUUUCAGAUGAAGUUAUCAUCUCUAAUUGGAAGAUGCCAGCAGAAGGAAAUUGAUUGUCGUGAAAUUAUUUGCAGGAACAUGCAAAUGAGACUCUUAAGAGAAUGUCUUUUCGACACGAUGUUGAACAUGAACCUCUUUGGUCUCAUUUUAUCUUACCGCAGUCCCAUUUCCUCACUCUUGCCCUGAUUGGACCCAUUUACAGCUUUAUUGCUGACGACGAGGCGAUCAUUCUUUGGCUGACUGAUGACAGACCAAAAGGCCGUUAAAGCUCAAUCCCCCUUCGCUGAAUAUGCAAGCCUUUUCUCCGAGUCCAUCUCUUUUUUUUUUUGCUGCUGCCUGCCUUGAAAAUGAGGUCUUUAACAUCCACGGGACAAAGGUGAUUCAUCCAUGCAGCCGUUAUCCAAGCCCCUUAUCCACAGGAGGGUGGCGGGAGUGCCGCAGCCUAUCCCGGCUGUCAUCGCUCUCGCUUUUACUCUCCCUACCUGAGAACCCCCCCCCCCCCCACCCCCACAUAAUCAACAGUUGUCUGACAAAUUGAUAAAUAUCCCAAACUAGUGUACAAGACUGACCUCUGACAAAGACGUCUUUGUGCAACUAAGCGAGAACAAGAUGGACCAACAGACUGCAUGAGUAGAAGACGUCAGAGGUCGGUUCCACAGCCUGCUGUCAAAACACGAAUCAAGAGUCUGUGCUGAUGAUAUAUUUUGACACCUCCCAUCAUGUUUCACGUCGAGGCUCAGCUGUUGUCGCGAGGGCCGACACGCAGCCUGCAACGCGGCUGUUGGAGUCACUCGCAACGGGGACCCCCGCUGGCUGAAUCGCACUUUCACUCUCCCUUUGUCUUUGAUUCUUGUUCGAUUUCCUAGUCUUUCCCUGGUCUUCUUAAGGGGGGGGGGUGGUUUUUUUUUUCUCCUUCCCAUCACUGUGUCCCUUUUUUUCACAGUGAUGUACAGCGGGUAGAGCAAAACCGUCGGUUUGGUUGGACACCUUGGGAGGCCUCAUUCUGCACAAGAACUCUGAGAGAGAGAGAUCUCCUCGGUUUUCUGAUUUUCUUGCGCCCACAACUGCAGGUUUCGGCUCAAAGGGACCUGGCUGUGAUUGUGGCUUCCGUUGCGUACAACACGUGGUUCACCAAGCUGUACUGCAAAGACAUGCGCAUUGGCUCGGAAGUGGUGGACCAGGUCCUUCAUACAGUCAGCAAGUCCAACAGCCUGGAGGAACUCACUCUGGAAAACGCCGGGCUAAAAUCGGAUUUCCCCCAGAAAAUGGCAACAGCACUGUCAGAGAACCCAGGCUCCAUGAUUCACUCUCUCAACCUGGCUCACAACACGCUUGACAACCAAGGAGUUUCCAAUCUGAUUCAACAAGUGUGUCGUCUCAACAAGGGCCUCCGUCUCCUCAAUCUCUCCAAGACGUCGCUUUCUUCCAAAGGCGUUGUGUCUCUGUCCCAGGCAUUGUGUUCCAGUGACGACUACUCCAAUUCUUUGUUGCACCUGGACCUCAGUAAAAACCCAGGAGUUCUGUCUGGAGAGGAUGCCACGAAUCUGUACCUCUUCCUUGCCCAGCCCAACUGUCUUGUCCAUUUGGACCUGUCUGGGACGGACUGCACAGUGGACUCGUUGUUUGGAGCCUUGCUGAGAGGCUGCUGCGCGGACCUUUCCGACCUGAACCUGGCUAAGAAUUGCUUCUCCAAUAGGAAAGCGAGAGAUUCUCUGCCAACUUUCCGGCAAUUCUUCAGCUCAGCCUUCAGCCUGACUCGUGUCAGCCUGGCCUCCAUGAAGGUUCCUCCCGACUGGCUGAGAGCGCUCUUCCUUGGCCUGUCAAAUAACCCCCAUAUCACCGAUUUGCAGUUAGACAUCAGCGCCUGUGAGCUAAGGUCUGCGGGUGCCGCGGUUCUUCAGGAGCUCUUUCCAAGAGUUUCGUGCGUUGGGACUUUAGACAUCUCCGAUAAUGGCUUGGAUUCUGACUUGCAGGCCGUCAUCCCGGCAUUCUCAAGACACCCCUCCCUCAAACACCUGAUGCUGGGGAAGAACUUCAACAUCAAGGGCAGGGUGCUGGAUGACAUACUGCAGAAACUGGUUCAUUUGGUGCAAGAGGAAGAGUGUGUCCUGCAGACUCUCUCUUUGGCUGACUCAAGACUACGCCAGCGGGGCACCCUGUUGGUCAACGCUCUGGGCUCGAACACGUGCCUGCGGAAGGUGGACUUGAGCGGCAACGGCCUGGAGGAUUCGGGAGCAAAGAUGCUGAGUAAAGCCCUGCAAAUUAAUACGACACUCAGAAGCGUCGCAUGGGAUCGCAACAACACCACGGCGACAGGCUUCCAAGAUGUGGCCAGAGCAUUGGAGCACAACUUUACACUGCAGUAUAUGCCCCUCCCCCUCAGUGACGCCACACAGGCGUAUCGCAGUGCCCCAGAGAAGACCGACCAAGCCCUGAUCAAGAUCCAGCGAGCCCUGCUGAGAAACAACCAAACGCAACGUUUCUCUCAAAAGCAAGCUCUCAGGCUGCAUCAAGGCCUCGUCACCAGUACGGCCGAACAGGUGAUGGAACGUUUGUGCGUGCGGGUGCAACAACAGAUCGGCGUCCUGAAGGGCUGUGAGGAAGCUGAGGAGGUCCAAACAGCCAGGCAGAUUCUUAAGGAAGCCAGAAACUCCAAAGCGCUCUUCCCUUCCCUAUGUGAGCUGGCUCAUGUGUUGUCCGUGGAUGGUCCAGUCAGACAACGACUGGAUACUCUAGCCGGGGAGCUAGCGAGGGCUGCCGACAAAGAGCUGCAGGUGGUCGUGGACUCCAUGGUGUCUCUGUGCCACGAGUUGUGCCCCAUGUCCUGCUCAGCUGCCGAGAGACUCAGCCCGCCUCUCUCGUCCAUCUCUGAGCAAGUUUCCAUCCCUCGCUCUUCCAUCCGCAACGCCCUCAUGGAGAGAGCGUCCGAGGAUAUUAACAGAGCCCUAGAGGAGGUGAAGUUGUCCGUCGUGUCCUACUUAACCAACUCCAUCGUGGAUCAGAUUCUGCAAGAACUCUACACGACCCAUAAAACGCUGGUACUGCUGCGGCAGGUGUCUCAGGCCAAGCGCUGGGAUGAUGCGGGGACAGGAAGACAUACGAUCAGACAAUCCAGAGUCGCGGAGUCUCUGGAAUUCCCGGAUUCUGAGGAUGUGGGCGUCCACCUGGGAAUAGACACCAUGGCUAUAAAGAAACGGAGCUCCAGAACCAGAAGAAUCCGUCCCGUCUCCACCAGACCAAGUCUGGCAGAUGAGCCCAGCGCCUCCCCCACGCCCUCUGCUCCUCCCCCCUCCGCCCAAUUUUCCCACUCGGCAUCCUGGGAGUGCCUGUCCACCCUUCCCACCAACGGCUCGCCUUUGCGCCAUGUGACCCACGUAAGGCCCCGCCCUCCACGGAGACACAGAGCAGUUCACCUUCCCCCAGAAUCUCAUUACUUUGAGAACGGAGGAGUCAGUACACUGGAGGAUGGACUGCCAGACUUCUACAGCAAGAGGGUUCUUCCUGACAGGCAUCAGUUGUCGUCCAUCCAUCAGGCUCAGUCUCUGAGGAGGAAAAAAAGACGCAGCGUGUUGUCCAUUUUCUCCGGUUUCCGCAAGAAUCGCAACUCCACCAUAUCAAACCAGGAGUUGGACAUGUCAGAGAAUGUGUACUCGAUGAUUCAGCAUCCAAAGGACGUCGGGAAAGCAGAUCAUUCCGCGCUUGGAGCAAACGGCACCGUGCCGUCACCUCGGGUCGGACAAGGCGUCCCUGCGCAAGGCUUGAGGCCCGCCAGCCCCUCUUGCCUUAUUCAGAGACAGUCCACCGACCUGGUCAGCAUGGUGUACAGCUGCAUCGGGGCCGACAUUGAAGAGUCGGAUGCCAGCGGCAACUGUGACACCAAAGCAACGCAGGAAAGCAUCUCGGAGGCCGACGACAACCACACGAACGCACAUUUGGCGUCCUCUAAGCAGCUGGCGCACAGGCAGGAGAGGAUCGUACCUCUGACCGCCCCGCAGACUGACUCGGACGAGGAUGCUCCACGUAGCCGCAGAGGUGCGAGCGGCGCUGCUGGCAGCCUGAGGCCUGAGCCGCCGCCUCAGAGCACCAAGCCCAGUCUUGCUGCCAUGCGGCAGAGACACCUUCAGGAGAGUCUAGCGGAGGCAGGACGGCUGGAAGCACGAGAAGAGCAGACUGAAAGAAAACGUGAGGAAAAAGAGAGGACGCGGGGACCCGAGGGGCAGCGUCCGCUGAUCCCCGCCAAGCCUUGUCUUGACCUCGCACGAGACAAAACCUCUCCGGAAAACGCCAAGAUCUCUCCCGAAAUCUCACCCGUCAGUCGAGAAGGAGCCGAUGCCCAGAGGAGUGCGCCUCUUGCGGCGUCUGUCAGUUAUGAGGAAGUCACCAGCAGAGAAUGGAGAAGCCCGCCAGCACCUGUCGAGCCUGAAAUGGAUUCCGCUGCAGACGGCGCUCUUGGCAAAGGUAAAAAUGAAGACCAGAAUGGAUUUGCAGCCCCGUCGCGUGGCACGAGAAAGUCCAACUCAUUUGACACAGUGCCACGUCAUGUCCCCUCAGGCAUGGAGCGGGGCAGUCACUGUGAUCUGGAAAGGUUUUCCGAUGCCAGACUCUGUGUGAAAAAACCUUCUUUCCCCCAGAAGAGAAACAGAUCUUUGGACUACCCCGCUGGGACCAGGUGUUCUGCGAGUCCUCACCAUGGUAACCACGAUGCUCUAUGACAUCACACCAGGACCAGCCCAGUUUUGCAUGGGAAACCAGACUGGGAAAGAGAGGACUGGAGUGAGACGAGCUUUUAAAUGGUACUGACCUUUGUUUUAAUUAACGUCAUGAUCUGUUGCCGAGUGUGCAUGGACAAAGUAGUUGUGUGGUUUUUAGUUAAGAACGGAUGUUUUUAGUUAAGGAGCGUUUUCACUGCACCGUUCAUACGGCAGUACAGCAUAGUUCCACGCGACUCCCGUAUUUGCUAAAACUCUUGUUUGAUGCAGUAAGGUAAAAUUAUUUCAACGUAUCCUGUUUUUUUUUGUCCCCUGCCUGUUCUUCACUGACAAUCUGCUUUAAAAAACAAACAAACCCUAUGUUGGUACUGUAUUUAUUCAAAUGGAGAUGUACAUAUUUAAUAUCAAUUUGCACUAACCUUUGUGGUAAACCUACUGGUGAGCAAUCAUGAUUUUUAUUUCAUUUUUUUGUGAUCAUUUAUCAUCGGUCACAUGUGAACAGUAUUGAGAAUUGUGUUUAAUGCGCUAAACAAUCCCAUGUCUGAAGGUAUGAAAGUCAGAUCGCUUAUUGUUUUAAUCUGAUUUUACGAGAAGGAAAAGGUGUAUUUUUUUCUAAAAAUGUUUCUGUUAAGAGUAAAUAAAAACUACUUUACACA